ACUAUGUGUUGUGUUGCUCCUGUGGUGCCAAACUCACAGAGAACUCAUGGGAUAACUUUGUAAACAUCUCCAUUCCACUGUCUGAGGCAUCCCAGCUGGUGACCAUCCUGGGACACCCCCACCUCAUGGUCCAGACCCUCAGGAACCCUGCUGACCUUGCUUUUGACUUGGUGACUGUCAGGAGUGGGCUGCUCAGGAGUGGGAGAGGAUAUUUGAACCAGAAACCAAAGCCAGCACAACUCACUUCAAAGCUUCCUUGGAGGGUUUCUAUGGACUCAUUCUAGAGAAACUGGUCACUGAGAAAUUGCAGUGUCCUAAACACAGAGGCAGGCAGUCUCCCUAUUGAAGCAGGCUGAAGCUAAACACUAGAGGCAACAAGAUUCAGUCUACUUUUACAUUUCAGACUCCUCAUUGGCCUUCCCAAGCACCAGCAGUUUUAGCACAAUGGCACAAGACAGGUAGGACAUGGUGCCUCUCGACCUCGAGCUUCUGGCUGAGCUGGAGGAGGAAGCAACCUCUCAUUAUACUGAGGAGGAUAACCAGUUUACAGAGCACUGCAAGAAGAGCCUGCCUAAGCCGCCAAUACUCCCUGCUGACAGAUUUGACCGCAACAGACAGUGCAGAGGCAACUUUAGGCAUCAAGACUACAGGAAGGAAGGAGGCUGCAGGGAUCAAGGGGAGUACAGAGGUCAUGGGAAUUAUAGGGAUCGUGGGAAUUACAGGGAUCACAGGAGGGAAUAUUCUGACCACAGGCAAGGGAGGUUUGUCAGUGACCACAGAGAUCAUGAUGACAGCAGAAGGGAUAGCGAGAAGAGGAAGUACAGGUCUGAGAAGGAGAGUGAUGAGUAUGGAAGAAGGAAUUACCAGUCCAGCAAAUACUACAAUGGGUGGGGGGGGGGUGUCAUCCUGUUGAGUUUUGUGAAUCCAGUGGCUGGUAUAUUUAUCUUUCAUCAGGGACUUCACGCAAGCUUCCACGCCAUUAAUUCUUUGACCAUUACCAAAGGUUACUGACAUUUAAUUUACAUUUAAAUGCCUGCCUGCCUGUCUGUUCAUAUCUUUCUCUCACAACGUACUCACCAUUCACUUGUGAACAUUUAGAGUUUUAGGAAAUAUUUUUGAGCAAGUUCCUUCAUCACAAGGCAACCAUCUACUAAAAAGAAAGAAAAAUGGAAUAUAUGUUGGCAUUUCCUUGAUUGCUUUUGGUGUUAGUGUGUGACUUUCCAGAGUGACAAUACAAGUGUUAUCCCCACUACAAGUCAUGCACUAUAUAUAUAACAUCACUGAGUAUCUUUUCUCUCAUUUUCAUAUAAAUGUUUGUAACAUUUUCAUAUAAAUGUAUGCUAACUUUUAUGUGGACUUGCUGUAAGAUUUUUUAAAAGUAAAGUAUUUUUCCAA